UGUAUAAGUCGGCGCGUCGUCCAACCCGUCGUCCCAAGUCCACACAUUCUUAGCUAUUUAUUUCAAAUCGCUCUCGACGUCCUUCGGUUUUUGCCAUUGUUCUUCUGGUGGACGUCUGCCGCACUCUCUGCUCGAUCCAAUGGGCCCAGCUGGUCAUCUCUGGGCUUGUUGUUAGGUGGUUCCUGUCGUCCCAGCAUGGACUCCCUCCCCGUCGAGCUGGUCCGACUUGUAUUUCAGUACUGCGAUCCCGGUUCGGUAAGAGUCCUCCGUCUGGCGUCGAGAAGGUACGCCGACGUGGGCUACGAAUAUCUGCUUGAACCGCACUUCAAUGCCGUCGAGUGGCGAGACGACGUUUCGCGGCUGUGCAACAUCGCCAACCACGACCGACUCCGCGACGGCAUCCGGUCCCUGACUUUCAACUUCGCCAAGCUCGACGAGGACUAUGCCCGCCAGACCACCUUCUUCCAGCACUGGCUUCGGGAGGCCGAGCAGCCCAGCACGCUCCUGCAGGACGCCUGGACUCGGUACUACGAGCUAGAAGGGGAGGCCCGCAAGCUCCCGCCCUUCCACUCGCGCUCCGCCGCGAUCGAGGACGCCUUCAAGCGGCUGCCCAACCUCCGACAUGUCGAGAUCACACACACCAAAUGCCCCUACGACAUCCCCCUCCUGCAGGACGUCUUUCAGGUGCGCACUUGCCGCAAACGCGACCGCGGCCAGGCCUGCAAGAACAUCAACGCCGUCGUGUCGGCCUUCCGCCACGCCCGCCCCGCCUCGCUCUCCAUCGACCAGCUGCCGCUCGAGAUCUUCCGGCCGGCCGACGACCGCCGCCUCUGGCUCGACUGCGCCCGCUCCUUCGCCAGCCUGUCGCGCCUCGACCUGGUCCUCGACACGCCGGCCAACCUCCUGCCCGCCUCCCGCUCGCGCGCCGUCAACGGCCUCGGCGGUGUGCUCCACUCGAGCGUCAACCUCACCCACCUGAGCCUCGCCUUCCACCACUACCACGCGCCCGCCCAGAAGUUCCACCUCUCCUUCCAGGCCCUCUUCUGCGGCUCCGACUUCGUCUUCCCCCGGCUCACCGACCUGAAGCUCGAGGGCGUCAGCUGCGCCGAGGACGACCUCCGCGGCUUCCUCCUCCGCCACGCCGCCACGCUCGAGCGCCUGCGCCUCGGCGGCCGCGGCCUGGCCAAGCCGUUCGAGUGGAGCAUGGGCGGCGUGCACCUCCACCAGGGCUCCUUCCGCGGCCUGUUCACCGGCCUGCGCGGCCGGAUGCCCCGGCUGAGACGGUUCCACAUGGAAGGGGACGCCGAGGCCGGCGAUUUCACCGCCAGCUCGAGGGAGGUCUACAUGUUCCGGCCCGUGACGGAUGAUGACUGGGCACCGCUGGGCGGUGGCAGCGGUGGCGAUGCUGCCGCCGCGGCGGCCGGGUAUAGGGGCAAGCGCGUGGAGACCCUGGGCGCGUGCGUCAAGGUUGUGGACUCUCUGGCGCUGGAGAGGUACUUGGUUGAAGGGGGCCGGUAUCCCCGGCUGGGAAAGGAGGAGGUCGGUGACGGUCUGUAAGGGAGGGGGAAGAGAGCACACGAACACCACACACCAACACGCACACAACAACAAGCAUACACCCCACACACGAACGUAAUCGCUGCAACAUACAUACAUACAUACAUACACACAUCCAUACAUACAUACACCACACGACACGAAAUGUAAAUAUCACGACGGCUCACGACAUUGACGACUCGUUCAGUUCCAGGCAACGCAUUAGAUUCGGGUUACGGCUUAAUUACACGGGAUUUGGGCGGCGCCACAUUAGACAGAAUGCAAGCAAUUGUCGGUAGAAUUAAAAAUAAACAAACAAACAGCAUCCUUUACUUCGACUCGGUCUACAACCCCUUGUGUCGUUGCGUACUGUUUUGCUUCGCGGUAGAGGUUUCAGUUGCUCGCCUCUGAGGUCUCAACUUUGGCCCUGGUCAGUUCUGAUGAUGUGUGUGAGAGGCCUUGUAGAUAGAUUGGAGGGUCGAACAUGUAAAGGAG